ACACAACUAUUUAUUGUGUUAAAAUUGUGCCAUGCCAUCAAGGGAGAACCCAUGAACUCUGGGUGAUAGGUGAGUGUACCCUGGGUGGUAGGUGAGUGUACCCUGGGUGGUAGGUGAGUGUACCCUGGGUGGUAGGUGAGUGUACCGCCAGCAUGGUGUGGGUAGAUGUACCAAACAGUCCCAGUGUACCAAAGGAUUUGGAAAUAACCAACCCUGCGCAGCCCAUAUUUGGAAAACCGUGCUUCGUCAUCAACGAGAAUGUAAACAAACUCCCCGAGGACAUAAACCACAACCAAAUACGCCCGACGUUCGACCUCAGCGACGCAAGUGGGGGCAGGAGAACGGCUCAGGUGGAGCUCUCUGGCGGGCAACGCCAGCUCCAGACCUCGACGUGUGUCAAUGCGUCCAACUUUGAGUCGUUGGAAGGGAGGUUGGAGGCACAAGACCGACUGAAGACGGGCACCUUCCGGAACACGAAUCGAGUGAACAAUAAUAACCCUCCGAGUGCUAAACUAACUGAAGAUAAUCAUUACUUGUGUUCAAACAAUGGUAAUGGUUCAGAAGAGGAUAUAUAUCUUGACUACCGAUCGUUUGAAACAAAACACUAUACGAAAAGAGACGCAAAAAUAUGUGACUUAUAUAAUGACAGUGUUCGCGAGUCUAAUGUGUUGCAGAAAAAGACACCCAAAGAAUGUAAUUUUUCUCAGAAAGUUGCUAAUUAUUCCGGAUUAUAUGCGAAGGCAGCCGAGUGUAGUGAUCGAGAACGCGCGGGUAGUGGUGAAGCUGCGAAGCCUGUUAUAGGGAACCUGGUAACCUGCCAGGAUAACACACAUGCCUCUCAACACCAGCUGUUUUAUCCGCCUCGCUGUAAUCAAACUGACGACGAUGAGGAUGCAGGCUACGACGAGCCCGAGGACCAAGUGGACGAUUCCUUCCUCAUCCAGGAGGAUGUUCGUGUUAUCAUUCCAUCGUUCGACGACCUCACACUCAACGACCUGUCACCACUUCUCGAGGGAUCUUUCCCUGUUGGGAGCUCUUCACUUCGCGGAAAAGCGUCCGCGGGGCGUCGCGAUUCGGACAGACACUCCAGUGAACAUCUUCCCCGCCAGAAGUUGUUUGAGCUCCUGCCGUUAGGCUGCGAGAGAGACAGACGUAAGAGCAGAGGCAUCCUGGCCAGCUGUCAGGUCCCCGAGAGCGUCGGCAGGUUUCCUGAUGUGUUGCAGCACUUGAGGGAGAUACACAGGAGAUCCUCGUCCAAUAGUACUCUCUUGAAGGACACUUACUAUAACAACUUUCCCCUCAGGCUUGCAUACUCGAGGGAUCCUUCUUUAAAGAGUUUAUAUCGCAAGGCGGUCAGCAUACCUGCCCCUCGUGUCAACAAGGAUGAAAAACUGCAGCGGUCAGGCACUUUCCAUCACAAUGGUCCCUCUCCCAAGUGCUCCCCAGUUAACUUCACGCCCUUGAAGUAUGCUCCCUUGAAGAACUCCUUCCUGAAGGAGGCUCCUCCUUCCUCUCAGGGGCUAGAGCUGACGUGUGAGAGCCCUGAGAGCCCUGACUCUGGUAGAGGGAGCGCCCGGCCAUCAGUGGAGGAGGAGGCACUUGGACCCCAGUUCUUCGCUGACCUGUGCAGCAUGUGGCCUGACCUCAUUGUUCGGUUGGCGCAUGAUAUCUCGUUGGAGUCCCCGUCAGUAGAGGAAGCCCCGGACCCGCCUGACCCACCCAGCCUGGAGGAGGUGAGUGAUGACCUUAACAGCCAGCGCAGCCUUUCCACCUGCCGCUUGCGGACCACUUCCACGUCGUCGUCGUCAGGCAAGUGCUGCUCCGACGACGACCCCUGUUGCCCUCAGCUCAUGGUGGAACAGACGCAGGAGCUGAGAGCGGCGGCGGCCUGCAAAAGUGCUCAGAUGUUGGCUUCGAAUGGGGCGGCGGGGCCGUGUCUUAGUGCCGGGGUCCAGCCGGCCUCCUGCCCGAGUCCUAUAUGCGGUAGUCCCGCCCCUCGGAGGCCGCGGCCCACCACCGUGUCCUCGGGGCCCUCCAGCGUGGAGAGCGUCGACAGCAGCGACACCGGCGAUGCCAGCGAGUUCUUCUCCGGAGACCUAGAGGAGCUGAUAGAAAGCAUGUCACCACCUGACUGUGACCUGGAGGACGCAGCGAGGGCCUGCAUGCCCUGGGACCCGAGGCCCAACGAGCGGAAACGGCGGAAACUCCCUGAGAUCCCCAAGCAUAAGAAAUCGUUCAGCACGGCGAGCAUCCUGGCGCUGCGGACGCCGACGCUGGCGGAGGAGCUGCAGGAGGCGGAGUCCGGGGUCGCGUCGAGGAGCUCCACGCCCGACGCCCUCACCCUCAUCAACACACACUCCAAGCCCAUCCUCGUACUCAAGUGCCACUCCUACAUCAGAGAUGACAGCAGCAGCCCAGACUCCGAGCUCCGGUUGCCAAUCAACGACAUCGACUCCGGAAACUCGACUCAACACUCUCCGGAUGGUGCCAAAUCUAUGUCGCCCCAGGCCACUGUUAAUGGGUCGCUAUCUCCCAUGUCCCCGGGGUCUGCGGGCGUGCCCUUUCCCCAGCUGGAGCUGCUCGAGGCAACCCACAGGGGACUCUACCGCUUCAUCCCCCGACACCACGACGAGGUCGAUAUCGAGAUAGGCGACCCCAUCUACGUCCAGAAGGAGGCCGAAGACCUGUGGUGUGAAGGUGUAAACAUCCGGACGGGCCGCCAGGGCAUCUUCCCGGCUGCCCACGUGACGGACGUCGACUAUUCCGACUUCGACCCCACGGUCCCCAAAGUGAAGAAAGAGCGUUACCUCCUCAACUACCUGGGCUCUAUAGAGACCCUUUGUCACAAGGGCAACCAGGUACUGUGUCAGGCAGUGAGGAAGAUCGCAGGAGGGGAGGAGUCGGCGCACCUUCCUCACCCUUGCAUCCUGGAGGUGUCCGACCAGGGGAUCAGGAUGGUGGACAAGAGGAGGCCUACGCCCAACCACGCUCCUUGCCACGACUACUUCUACCACCUCAAGCAUGUCUCCUUCUGCGCCUUCCACCCCAAGGACCACCGCUACUUCGGCUUCAUCACCAAACAUCCUACCAUUCAGCGCUUCGCCUGUCACGUCUUCAGGAGCAACGACAGCACCAGGCCCGUCGCCGAGGCCGUCGGACGCGCCUUCCAAAGGUUCUACCAGAAGUUCAUUGAGACAGCCUACCCAAUUGAAGACAUUUACCUUGAAUAGUGCCUGGCAGGAGAAGAUUAGGAGCAUGUAUAGAGGACCUUAUGGAUCAAACUGAAUGUCUAGGGCUCUGGUUACUCCCAGAGCAAUCUGAGAGCCUUUUUGCAUGGUUUGCAGAGCUAUUCUUUAUUUCCAGUGACAGAUCAAAGGUUAGAAUAGAACCAAAACAUGUCACUUAGGGUCGUAGGGCAUGAUCUGGACGAUGUGUUUAUGUCAUGAAAAUUUAUCUUGGUUUUAUGUAGAUAAGAUCAAAGUUCAAUGAGCCAAAACUUUAAGAAAAAAUGUGUUCAUGUAAACGAGAUGCAGUGCGAAGGAAAAGACUCUCAAUUCAUAAGAUAGAAGAAAGAAUAUUCUUCAAAUGAUUAAACAGGAAGUUGCUGAUCGAGUUGCCAUUCUUACUUUAAGAAUUUAAACCAAAAAAAUGUGAUGUAUAAUUGAAACAACACGGAUACUGUAUUUAGCAUAAGUGCACUUGUAUCAGAGCACUUCUUCCUGUUACUAUAUUGCCUGAAUUGGCAUUGCAAAUUGUUUUAUACUAUUGUCUGGGACUAAUUUUGGACGUGAGUUGUGGCAGUGUUGAAGCGCCUCGAUCCUGGUAGAGGUCAGACAGAUUUUUCUGCUUUCUAUUGAUAACAGCUUCAUGCAAAUAUUGAUUGUUUUGUUUAAAUCUCUUAUUUUGCUGAGCACUUAUAUUACACAAAAGUACUUUUUUCCAUUUAAAUAUUUGUUACUUUUAAAUUUAAAAUAAAACAAAAUUAUAUAUUCAUUAUCACUAAAUAAAAUUUCAACCUUGCAUAUGCUGCAUUCUUUUACUUAAAAUGUUUUAUUUGUAUUAAUUUUAUUUAUACAGUGAAAACUAACAAACCCAUAUGCAAUCAUAUAGUGUAUAUUUUAAUGUAAGAAAUUACCUGAUAUCCUUUGUGUUCUAUUCUGAGUCUCGGACAUUAUUCAUAGGGUUAUGCAAUCAAGACUCUUAUGUCAGUUCCAUGCCUGAUGCAUAAUGUUUUUAAACGUUUGUCUUAAAGUUUCAUACAUUGCUAUUAUGGGCAACUAUGUGGUCACUUUGUUUCCACUAUCUUGUCACUGCUGUGAUUAUGCUGCCACUGAACUGUGUUUAUGUUGUCACUAUGUUGUCUUUAUGUUGGCAUUAUGGUUUCAUUAUGUUACAACUAUAUUGUUGUCUAUUCACCAUGUUGCUACUACGUUGCUUACAAUGCUGCCACUAUGUUGCCCCUGCAUUGCUACAAUGUUGCCACUACAUUGCUACAGUGUUGCCACCAUGUUGCCACUACGUUCAUACAAUGUUGCCACUACAUUGCUACAGUGUUGCCACCAUGUUGCCACUACGUUCAUACAAUGUUGCCACCAUGUUGCCACUACGUUCAUACAAUGUUGCCACUACAUUGCUCCAUAUUGCCAUCAUGUUGUGACAUUUAAAACGCUUAAAUUUACAGUUCUUUGGCCAAAUAUUUUUUUAUACUAACAUCUCAACAUUUAUUAUUUCUGAACUUUAUUUGAGUUGAGAGAUAAUGAACUCGUGUGCCAGCUAUGGACUAAGUUAAUGCCAAAUUGUGUUGUUUGCAAGUGAACAUAACCUUCAAGAAAAUGUGUAUAAAUCUACUUAUUGUAUUUAUUAUAUACCUGAUAACAAUCAUUAAUGAAGGAUUUGUAUUUUUUUUUUAGGUGUAUUUGGUGAUUUGUUUUCCUUACUGGACAGGGCUGUGAUGCAUUUUUCAUAAAUAAACUCCUUUCAUGCUGAUGAAUCUACCCAGUCCAGUACAGCAUCAGCAUUUAGGAAUUUAAAAUUCAAAAUAGCUUAAAAAAAUUAUGUUUACCAAAAAAUCCUUCUGACUUUGGCCUCUAACUUAUAUGCAUAAUAUUUUGCAUAUGUAUAUAUGUAAAUUCUAAUCAUUGUAGUUUAAGAUUUGGCCCACUAUAUUAAAACAUAAGAGUAGUGGAACAUUGAAAAUUAUUCUGUAAUAAUUACAUAAAAUAGGAACUGAUACAAUGUAAGUAUGGAUGAAAUUGAUCAUAAUUAUUAUCAUUUACAUGGCUGUAUCAUGUAGUUUUCUUCAUGGUAACAGUGUAGUUUACACUAUUGUAUCAUGUAUUCCUUCAUGUUACAGUGCAAUUUACACUUGUGUCAUGUAUUCCUUCAUGUUACAGUGUAAUUUACACUUGUGUCAUAUAUUCCUUCAUGUUACCAGUGUAAUUUACACUUGUGUCAUGUAUUCAUUCAUGUUACAGUGUAAUUUACACUUGUAACAUGUAUUCCUUCAUGUUACAGUGUAAUUUACACUUGUAUCGUGUAUUCCUUCAUGUUACAGUGUAAUUUACACUUGUAUCAUGUAUUCCUUCAUGUUACCAGUGUAAUUUACACUGAAAUAUCAUUCAUAUCUUUAUGACAUUAGUGUGAUUUACAUCUUCAUAAAAUUGUUCAUGAUACUGUGUGCUUGAAAUUAUAUCCUAAUGUGUGAAUCUGAGUUGUGCAUAAGCUACAAGCAUAAGCUACAUUGUGUAUUUGAAGAGAAUUGUGCUCUUUAUUGAAAUAAAUGCCAUGCAAACUAUACUGACAAUAGAUUUGUAGUUGAAGAAAGAGUUUGAGAAUUGCCUUUACUUUGUGUUAAUAACUUGAAGAACAAGAUCAACUACGAACAUGUAUUAUAGAUGCUAGUUGGUAAUUUGAUGAAUCAUCUGUAUUUUCUGUUGAUUAUGAUAGAAAAGUAGCUUAUUAAGGACAAUUUUAAAUUGUUAAUGUAUUAUUUUAUUAUAUAAAUGUUUAAAUUAUAUAUUUUUUAUCAUAAUUAAGAUAAUUAGGGUUAUCUGAUCAUGAAUAUGAGCAGAUUUUUUGUUCCAUGAAUUAAAUUCAAGGAAACAACAGCAUGCUGUCCAUUAAAAUUGACUAAUUGUAAUAUUCGAAUGUUUUCUUUGUUUAUAAUAUUACUGGUAUGAUACAAUUUUUGCUAAAACUAAUCUGUAAUACCAUGCUCAUGUUCACCUUAAUCUCUCAGUGUCCCUGUGCACCAAAAAAAAUAGUUGCAAAUGCCCUAUGAAUGAUAAAAUUGACUUCUUCACAUACAUUCUUCUAAGAUGGAGAGAAGCUUAUUCUUGGUAUGCCAUAGACUGUCUUGAUGCCUUUGAAGUAUCCCAGUUGAGGGACUGUCAUGUUGGAGUGUCUUUGCCUUGUACUGACUGAUGAACUCUCAUUACCUGCUAUCCUUCUUGUUUUUGUUCCUAGAUACGAAGGUCAUCUUUGUGAUGAUCAAUUUACUACAUUCCAAUAACUUUAAAAAAUAGAUUACAGUUUCCUUUUUGGUAGUGCCCACCAGACAUGAAUUGCUGGGUAUGUUGCCAAAGUGCUUUUGAUUCUCAAUUUAGAUUCUCUGUGAGAUAUCUUACUACACCACACACGACACGCACCCUGUCAGCUAAACAUGCUAGCUGUGACAUUCCAUAGCCACUCAGCACCCAAUUUCAUGUAGUGUCUUUUGUCAUCUGUGUAUUUGACUGUAAUAUGACCAAAAAAUGCUCACUAAAUAGAAAAAGUCUGCACUGAGGCAAAGUUUGACAUACUUUCAUAGUCUGUAUGUAGGUUACUAUCUAUAUGAUAUAAGGCUAUUAAAGGAAUGUCUUAUAUGUCUGUACAUUGUUAUGUAGUCCUGAACUGAUCACUGGUGACACUGCAACAAUGUAUUAGAAGGAAGAAUGUUGAUCUUACAUAAUUAUAACACUGAAGAAACUAACACCAAAUACUGAAAUAUUACACGAGUACAAGUACUUGAGUCAUCAUAUGCUAGUUAUUCGCCUAAUUAACGUUAACUAAAGUACCAGAUUUGAAGAAUAUUUCAACCUAAUAUAUAUAUGAUGAUUAAUUACUUCACUCCCAGAGUUUCCAAACUUGAUUCAAUACUACUAAUUUAGACAGUGCUCUCUGACAUCUUCAACAGAGAGAAACAUGUAGACAAAAUUGAUAUGGUCUUCCAGGGCAAUUUUCUCCUGAACCUCAAGGAGCAAUAUCAUACUUUCUUUCAAGAAAUAACUUAGUCAAUAAAACAUUAUAUAUAUAUAUAUAUAUAUAUAUAUAUAUAUAUAUAUAUAUAUUAUACAGCUUGUAUUACGAUUAUUUGCUCACCAUGUAAACACUGUUGAUAAAAACGUUUCAGCUUGUCAGUAUUUUGUCCCUUUAUCUGUUAAACAAUAUGGAUGACAGUAUAUGCCUCACUCAAAAGUAUCGUAUGUCUUAUACUUUGUAUUGAUUCACCAUAGCUGAACAUAUUAUAGUAAUGUAUUUGAUUGUAUGUUCAUUCAUAGAACAAACAGAAUACAUCGCUCCUACAUUACUUACUUUAUGUGGCCAAAAUGGGUCAUGUGAUCAAUAUAUAUUUUUGCCUUGCAGAGGAGCUUGCUAAUCUCUCAGCGUCUUGAAAGGACGGAUCUGGGGGUUUGUCUCGGGAAAGUUAUUGAGCAGAAAUGUUUCAAUUCUGACAAUGAGAAAAAUCAAAAUAUUCUAAUCGUGAAGGCUUGUCACUCACACCGUUAUCAACAGUCCUACAGAACUGGGAAUAAUUUGUUUUUGUUUAUCAUAAAUUUUUAUUUUCCACCUGCCUAAUGAUUCCUAACAUCACCCACCAGUUAUUAAAUUAUUUCGGUAUAACAUUCUUGUAUCUUUACAAGAAAGUUUCUUAAUUUAAAAGACAACAAAAAUAGCAUAUUAUACACACAGAAAAUCACACUAAAGUGAUUAAUAUCAUUUAUUUAUUAUUAUACAAUUAUUAAUUAAAUAAUAUAAGAUAUUAUUUUAAAGUUACUUCUACACGUUAUGCCUUAUCUCCAUGUAAUUAAUAUAUUUAUGUGAAAAUGUUUCAAGAUUUAAUCAAAUCCAAAACUGUUAAUUUAUCAGUGCAAAUUCAUUUUUACAUGCCCUGGAUUCCCCCCCCCCCCCACCCCCCCAUUCCCCCAACUUUUGGACAUUCCCCCCCCCUUGCAUUCCUAACCCAUUCGAUCUCCCAGAUCCCCCUAACCCCUUUGGACUCCCCCGCAGACCUCCAACCCCUUCAACACCCCCCAGAACCCCUAUAUCUCCUUGAACUUCCCCAUGAACUCCUUUUCCAUAAGACUUCCAUUAGUUCACCCAUGGACCCCAAGUACCCCUUCAGAACCCCCCCCCCCCAGGACCCCCUACACCUCAGAAUCCUCCCCUGGGACCCCAACUCCUCAGGGGGUACCCCUCAUGAUCCUCCCUGGACCCCAGUACACCUCAUGAUUCUCACUGGACCCCCAGACCCCAGUACCUCCCAUGAUCCUCCAUGGACCCCCCAGUUCCCAAUACCCCUCCUGGACCCCUUCCCCUGGAUCCACCAGACCUCAGUACCCCUCAGGAUCCACCAUAACCCCCCCCCCCCCGGGGCAUCCCACAUACUGACGCUGUGUGUACACGUUGGUCCGACAAUACGAUGGUGAGUGAUAAUACGGAUUGUAGUGCGGCAGAGUUUAACAAAAAUUAAACAAAUAUAUGGCUUUCGUUACU